AUGCGAGUUCUUGGAGGAGUGUCAGGCUGCGUGGAAAGCUGCCCAGUCUUCGGGCGCGUGCCAUGCUAUACAUGUGACAAAUUGCGAAUCUCUGAAGUCAAUGCUCUGUACGAUCUGCUUACAAGUGAGGACGGGCAAGCCCCGAAAUUUCGUCAGAGAGGCAAGGAUGUGUGGCUCUACUAUGCCAUCGAUGGCCGUUGGCAUUUCGGCGGUGGUUCAGCUGCAGCACAAAAUCUGCCUGGCCAUCGAUUUCGCAGCGGAGAGUGCAAGGUAGGCACUCUGCCCGUCGACAUUUCGAGCUGGGAGGUCCGUGACAUGCGUGAUUUGCGAUCGGGCAGCAAGAGGCCUUCUUUCACAGCUUCGAGCGCCAGGUUGGUACGUCUAGCUUCUGACGACUGGUCAUGGUGCAAAGACGUCUGGUCUGCGGCAGCAGCUGUUGAGAUCAGUGGGGCAAGAUGCGGCGAUGCGAACGGCUGCUACGAGCUCCAGCACUGCAGGAGGGAGUCCGAUGGGUCGCCGGUAUUCAAACACCGGACGGCAAAGUGCUGGCUGUAUUUUGCAAGUGAUCGGCGAUGGUAUGCAGGUGGGGAUGCCGAUGACAUGAACCUUUGGGCAUCUCGGGGACUUCUUCGGAGCAGCACAUGUGCUGCUGGAACGCUUCCGGGUGAGAUCGAUGCCUGGGAAGAGAAGUCAUCUCUUUACGGCGGUUAUGUCCGCACAAAAGCUUGCAGAGUGUCGUCAAUCCCUGGGCCUGAGCUGAGAAUCUGCAAGGCUGCCGUGAUUGCUGCACCGGCGGCUGUGCAGGUUUCUGGCGCUGCAGCAGACAACUGGAAUGGGACUUAUUUUCGGCAGGUGCACUCCUCAUGCCCUACCAGGCUUCCCACAUUCUGCAAGACCGAAGCUGAUGCUUGGUUGUACCAAUGCGAUGAUGGAAGAUGGUAUGUGGGGCAGAAAAAGCACAAGGACAAGCGCUGUGCCGGGCGAGGGCUGAGAAGUUCAGUCUGCGAUGUCGGUGUGCUGCCGUUUCUGGCCGCAUGGGAUGAGCAUCGAUGGCGUUACACCAUGCCAUUGUUCGAGCCCGCGAAGCAUGUCAAACUCCUGUUGGAAGACUGA